GCAGUUUGCUAGGGCUGAACUACUCUAAGCGAGCUGAGUGUAUAGUGAGGUCAGAACAGGGACCUAGGGCCGGGGAAGUAAGAAACACGGAGCAGGCACAGAGCUUGGUGCAGGUCACGGAAAACGUCUCACCCAUAUCAGGCCUAGUUUGGGACAUACCACCGGUCACCCGCAGAAAGGGCCCAAGGAGUUGGGAGUAGGACGAACAGCAGCCUCCGGGAAAUGAGAGCUGCCCCCCGGCCUGAGCCGGCCAGUGCAGGUCAUGACUGUGUCUCCAGCUCCCGGCCUGGACUACUGAACUUCACCAGAGGAGGGAAACCGUGCACCCUGUGACAGCGGUAGUGCACCGGGCACCAUGACAUCCAAGGAUUGAAGAACUAAGCUUUGAUCUAUGUCCCACCUGUUUCCAACUGUCCGAAAAGAAUUCAUGAUCACAUGAACUACUGGACAUGGACGUCGUCCUGUCAGAAUUUGUCCUCUCAACUGGAGCAGAGCCAGGACUGGCUAGAGACCUCCUUGAAGGUAAGAAAUGGGAUGUAAAUGCAGCUCUAAGUGAUUACGAGCAGCUGCGACUAGGGAAUGCUGGAUCCUUGGGACACUCCUUCAACGACGGUCACAACUUUAAACACCCAGAAACAGCACGUCCCAUGCGGCCAGCACUACAACGGCAGGAUGACAUUGUACAAGAGAAACGUUUGUCCAGAGGGAUCUCCCACGCAAGCUCAUCCAUUGUCACUCUGGCUCGCUCCCACGUAUCAACCAACGGCAGCAACGAGCACCCCCUGGAGACACCCGUGUGCACCUUUCAGCUCCCUGACCUUACUGUCUACACUGACGAGUUCCGUAGCUUCAUAGAACGAGAUCUAAUUGAACAAUCCAUGCUGGUGGCAUUGGAGCAUGCAGGUCGUCUGAACUGGUGGGCACAAGUGGACCCAACCUAUCAGAAGCUUCUUCCCUUGGUAACCACAGGUGAUGGGAAUUGCUUGCUGCAUGCAGCAUCUUUAGGAAUGUGGGGAUUUCAUGACCGAGACUUGAUGCUUCGCAAAUCACUCUAUAAUUUAAUGGAGAAAGGUGUAGAGAAGGAAGCCCUCAAGCGAAGGUGGAGGUUCCAGCAAACCAUGCAAAAUAAAGAGUCUGGUCUUGUGUAUACGGAGGAGGAGUGGCUGAAAGAAUGGAAUGAUUUAAUCAAGUUGGCAUCCAGCGAGCCUAGAAUGCAUUAUGGUACAAACGGAGGCAACUGUGGAGGUGUUGAAAGUUCAGAGGAGCCAGUGUACGAGAGCUUGGAAGAGUUCCAUGUCUUUGUGCUUGCCCAUGUACUGAAGAGGCCCAUCGUAGUGGUGGCAGACACAAUGCUAAGAGAUUCUGGAGGAGAAGCAUUUGCACCUAUACCCUUUGGGGGCAUCUACCUUCCUCUUGAAGUCCCUGCCAACAAAUGCCACAGUUCCCCCCUUGUGCUGGCGUAUGACCAGGCUCAUUUCUCAGCUCUUGUAUCUAUGGAGCAGCCGGAAGACAGCAAAGAGCAAGCACCAUUUAUCCCACUUACAGACUCUGAGCAUAAAUUACUUCCUGUGCACUUUGCAGUAGAUCCUGGGAAGGAUUGGGAAUGGGGCAAAAAUGACUCUGACAACGUCAUGCUUGCAAGUGUAACACUAUCAUUAGAAGCAAAAUUAAACCUGCUGCAUAAUUACAUGACCGUCACCUGGCUUUCUCUGCCUUGCGAAACACAGGCUCCUCUAGCUCAACCUGAAUCUCCGACUGCCUCUGCUGGGGAUGAUGCCCGCUCUGCUGCUGAAUCUGGAGAGUCAGACAAAGAAUCUGUGUGCAGCAGUUCUGCUAGCAAUGGGGGAAGCAAGAGUGGAAAAGAGAAAGAGAAAGAGAGGGCAAGGAAAGAGAAAGAGAAGAAGCGAGCAGACUCUGUUGCAAACAAACUGGGCAGCUUUGGUAAAAGCUUGGGAAGUAAAUUAAAGAAAAAUAUGGGUGGACUGAUGCACAGCAAGAGUGGUAAGGCCAGCUUGACUAAUGGACAAGUAGACACACUAGAAAAGAAGAAGAAAGGGUCACUUAAGGGAAGGAAGGGCAGCAAGGAGGAGUCACCACCUGGUGAUACAUUGGUUGUGCAGGAGAAAUCAAGUGCUGGCAAAGGAUCAUCAGACAAAAGCCAGAAUGACCCUUACAAGUACAGCAAUGAUGUCAAGCUGAGCCUAAGUAUUUUGAGAGCUGCCAUGCAAGGGGAACGCAAGUUUAUCUUUGCUUGCCUCUUAAAAACUAGUGAGCGUCAUCCAUACCAGAAGCAAAUGAUUCAAAAAUACCUGGCUGAUGCAGAGGAUCGCUUUGUGGCUGAACAGAAGCAGAGAGAAGCAGAGAAAAAGACACUAAUGAACUGUGGUGCCACAAAGAGGUUGGAGCAGGAUAUGGGACAAACUAAAGCGGAUGACCUCCUAUCACUCCCAACAUAUUCACAAGUGACAAACAACUUUGGAAUACAGGGGACUGAUUUCAGCAUGGGUGGAAAAGGGGCACUACCUUCCAGUUAUUCUGGGGGCUUCACAAUACCCAGACCUACGGUGGUGAGCACAUCUGACAAUACGUACUCUCAUAGCUACCAGGACAGCAGAAGGCAGGUUGCAGGUGGCUCCUGCAACAACCUGCCUUCAUAUGCCACACUCCCCCGGCACUGCAUGCAGGCCCGUCCUCACCCCUACCAAUCCAGCCCACCACACUUGGGUAGGUUGUCUCCUUUAGAAACGGACCUGCCACCAUGUUACCCAGGAGACAGCGACCAAACCGUCUGCAUUACACAUAGCAACGGCUACAGAGAAUAUACAGAGCCUAGUACCCUACCCAGAGCAGUGACCUCUGAAGGUAGUAAGAGCCGGACACUUUAUGUUCAGCAGACCAAGUGUAAGCAGUCAAACUGCACUUAUUAUGGACUUCCAGAAACAGGUAACUUAUGCUCCUACUGUUACAAAGAGGAACUGAAGCGUAAAGAAAGGGGAAAAGAUGCUUUAAUACACAGGUUCUGAAGUAACCAAGGUUACCUGUUAUUGACUGACUUGAAAUUCACAAAGUGUUUGUGUUGGCGAUGGAUGGGAGUUUGCAAUAUUGUUUAUAAACCUUCUCACUCCAUAAAUCAAUGACUUGGUAUCAUCAGUGAAACUGCAUUGGUUGCAGUUAAAGAAUACAGACGUACAAAUUAUUUAUGCUGUGUAGUAAAAGGGAGGAAGUGUCACUACUUUGUUCUCAUGGGUAUGCUGACAUUUCUAUAUAAAGUGCUUUUCCCUCCCCCCCUCAUAAAUCCUUGUUCAUUUAUAAAUCGAGCAGAUAUCUUCCCAUUCUUAUGAGAGCUAUUGCCUCCGUGCUUGUUGCCAUCUUGACUCUAGAUGCAAUUUUUCCAUCUCUAUAUCUUCAUUAUAGAACGUUAUCAAAAUCUGUAGACUCCAGUGGUAGAGGGGUGAGAACAGACAUUGAAAGUUAUAUGUUAAACCGCUUUUAAGAUGGCGCAGAGCAGGAUAGGAAGAUACCUGCCAACAAAGUGCUUGCCUUCGUAUAGGAUAACUGUAUACGUUUCUUGUAAAAAUAAGUUUUGUGUGGGGGUGUCUGUAUCCCUUUUACAUAGGAGGACACAAUAUCAGAAAAGAAAGCACAGUGUUGGUAUUUUGUACACAACAACAUUUCCAAAUUUCUUUUUCUCCGUAGCACUUUAGGUAGAGUUUUUUUUUUUUUUCUUUUUCAUUUUGUUAAAUUAAUAUAAACCAUGUUUUUUUGUAUUGCCAGAGGUUAACUCUGGCUUAGAAAGUUUCUAUCCCCUAAAUGGGGAAUUAGUGUUUCUGUCCUCCGAUGCUGGAAGGGAUUUGUAGUCUUCUGCAGAUAAUAAAUUAUUUCCUGCUAUUUCAUUUGCAAAUUGCUUUGCAAGAUAUCAUCUGUAUAGGUGCAAAACAGGGAUUCAUUUCAACUGUCUGUUAAUAGUAAGUUGUUGAGGCUGGAUGAAAAAAAAGCAAAUAUUGCAUCUAUAUGCUGAACACACUGGGAGAAUCAUUUUAAUAUUGAUCAAUUUAGUGUAAACAAAUGCCCUUUAAUAUUACCCUCACAAUAAAACGAUUCUUAAUUCACAGCUCUAAAUGUAGGUGGGUGCUAUAAGUUUCCCUUUUUUGAACAGAUUUUGGCAAUAAACACAGCUAAGUGAAAUUAACUUCAGCAGAUGUAAAUGCAAACGUUGAGGCAAUAAAAAAACUCUGAUUGGUAAAAAUAAUGGGCAUUUAAUGCACAGUUUCUCAAAGGAAUGUAACACUAUACAAUUAGAAGCAAUUAUCUACAUGCAAAUGAACGUCAGAUUCUGGUCUUUUGUUUAAGUAUUAAUAUAACAGUCACAGAGCCAGAAUAAUUAGGCAAACAUAUGUUGCAUAUAUUCCACACAGAAAAUCCAUUAUCCCCCUUCAAGACAACACCAUCUGUGAUUUGUAAUAAACUUAAAAACUUAAAUACAGAAAGAUAUUUGCAAAUUCUUUUGAUAAGAAUGGAUAGGUGGGGGCAAAGUCAGAAGGCUCACUACUGUCCUCAAGUACCAACAAAAAGCUGAUUUCCAUUCAUUCUUUUGUUGGGCUGUUCAGUAAACACAUUAUUUGAUCAACUGACCUGUGCUUAAAGGGAUAUUAAACACUUUGAGAUUGUAAUAUAAAAUGAUAAAUCAUAUGUAUAAAAAAAACUCUGCAAUGUACUUAUUUUCCCCCUUUUCCUUUAAUUCCAUUCUGAAAUUGCGAGCAUUUCAGUUCCUGUUAGAAAUGGAAGUUCAGAACACUGUUAUAUUCCACACAGCUAUUGGCUGCACACUCUAACGACUUAUUUAUAAUUAUCCAUGAUUGGCCACAUCAGAGAAGGUAACCUAAGUUACAACAUGGGAGCUCCCAUUGUUUUAUAGACUAAAACUUUACACUUUUUUUGUCAAUAUUUAAACAGCUAAUGAAACUUAAAAAAAAUACAUCUACAUGUUGUUCUCAGAAUAAUUUCUUUGAAUGCAUCAUUCGAUCUAGCAUUUAUAUAGUGUUUAAUGUCCCUUUAAGUAGGAGGAGCCUUUAACACAGGCCAGUUAAUGAUGCACUAAAAUGUAGAAACACAGCUUCUUAGUUUUUAGACCAGUAAAGGAAAAGUUAAGCAUUCUGACGUAUUAAGGAACCUGUGUGUUUUCUGAUGUAAUUCUAAUUUUCCCAGGUUUUAAAAUAAAGGGCCAUUAAAUACCUUUUGUUUUGUGCAAAAAUUGUGCUUUUUCCUAAAGAUGCCAAAAGCAAAAUCUGUAACCUUGUCUUUCAAAAUGCUGCAAUUUCCCUAAACUCGCAAUUUGUUUGACAGCAUUUGCAGGUUGUAGAAUUUGCUUUUUAGACUCUCUAGGAAGCAUGGAACGAAGCACAGUGUUACACAAAAGCAAGAGGUGUUUAAUUUCCUUUUAUGUUCCUUUAUUGCCUCCAAGCCAGUUUCCACCUUUAUCUCUCUUCUAUUGCUGAACUCUCUUAUUCUCACAAAAGAAAAAAAUGGGUUCAAUGUCCCUUUAACAUCACAAAUCUCACUUAAUGCUUUUAACUUAUCAAAGAUUACUUUUAAAGCAGAUCUGAGAUUCAUGUGACCGAACACAAACAAAACUUGUUGACAUAACCAAAUUAUUAACAACAAUAAUAAAAAACAUACUUAAUAAACUAGGCCAUGCAGCAAUAAUAUAUCUCACUGCUAACUGACUGUGACAGAUGAAAUGUCACUGGCAAGUGGAAUAUCUGGCUCAUAUUUCAUUAACCCAGUCUGAAAAUAACUGAAUAACUUAUUUGUUUCCCGAACAUAGUUAACCAGUUUUCUACGUGACCUGUCGUUUUUGUUUGUUUGUUUGUUUAACACUACCUCUGUUUGGUUUAUAGAAAUUUGUAAAUUAUAUCUAUAUAUAAUUUGUAUGGCUUUGUUUUCAAGAGCCACAAUAAAUAUAACGGACCUUAACGGGAAUACGUAAAAUAGCUAUUUUCAUACUGACAAGCUUUAGAAUGAUGACAAAUAAGAUCAUUUUUAGUUCAGUUUUCAAACUCCCCCCCAACAUUGACGGAGUGUUCAUUCCUUUUAUUAUUUUUUUAAUUUCCAUUUUUUAUUUUUUAUUUUAUUAAUUUCCUUUGUGUGUAUUGCGUUCAACAAUUUUACGUUUGACCAUACAAAUGUCUUUGACAAUGGACUGCCACACUUGUGUUUUGUUAUUCCUAACCAGUAUUUAGCCAGUUCAUUUUCUUCUAGAUUAUUCCGCCAUAAAUCUACUUAAAAAAACUAGCGUAAACAAAAAGAAUGCCCUUAUUUUGUACUACAGAAUUGUUUUUUUUUUUUUUUUUUUAAUUUGUUUUGAAUUAUUUCUAAAUUUAGGCAUAAAACUCUCUAGGCACUUUUAUCAAAAAGCAUGUUAAUUUUUUUAAGUAACUGCAAGCUUCCUUUUGUGUGUGUGUUUAACAAUGUAAUAUUUUAAUUAUAUAUGUACUUUUUGCCUGGAGUAUAAUAUUGAUUUGCUUGUAUAUUUUUAAAAACCAAGUCUGUUAUGCAGUAAUGCAGCCAUUUGGGAAAUAGUUUGCUGGUUCGGGGCAGUUUAAAGACUCCAUUUUUAAAAGGGCUAAAAUUGAUAUAUGAAUCUGUUCAUUGUACUAAUGUCCAAAUUUCUCAAAGUAAUGUUAUAAUAGAAAACUAGUCAAUGAACACCAUUUUGAGCAACUUAAAUUUGUGUUCUUGAUUCAAUAUAUUAGUGGAAAAUUUUGCUAUAAAGAAAUUACCUCUAAAAAUGAUGCAAAUGUAAUUUUUUUGGAGCUCUAUUUUUUUGGACAAAUCCACCGGACUAUUAUUGUAUAGCCAAAUGCAUAGUAAUCUUUAUAAAAUUCAACAGAAUAUUUCCCAAAUCUGCUGCUGUUUUUUUUACAAUCCUCUCAUGCAUAUAGUGGAAUUAUGUUCAGUCUUGUAAAAAUGUAUAUAUUUGUGAUAAUAUAGAGUUCCUUCCUCCUGUAAAUUCUGAUGCCACAAUCAGAGAAACUUGCCUUUUGUGGAGGUAAGAAUUUAGCAGUAUUUGCACAAACAUUUCAAACUGUAGAGCACAACGUGAGAGUGUGCUGUUGUGAUUGCAAAAAAUGAAUGCAACAAUAUAAACUUAUCAUUUUUUUCCAAUAAAAGCUUUAAAUAACAAACCCUUAUGUUUUCAAGCAGCAGUGCCACUUGAGAUGGCUUUCAGAGUUGUGAUUAAACCAAUAAUGAUGAUAUGACAAAAUAAUCUUGUGUUUUCUCAUACAUUUGGGGGUAAUUGAAUUUUGUAAGGAUAAGUAAGUUUUUACAAAGCGGCUGAUGUGCCUUUUAUAAAUACAAUAGAAAUGACUUGUUCUUUAUAUAUUUUAAAUAAAUACUUGAAUAUUAAAAUGGCUGUUUGUUGCAUUUGAAACAAGUAAUACAUAAUCGGAUCAGUAUACAAUAUACAAGAUUUUUUUAAAUUAAGUAUUGCCAACUUCCUGGUCAUAGCCAUUCUUGUUCAGAUAUUAUUAUAUUUAUAAAUAAUACAACUGAUUUUGGAAUAUGUCCCCCUUCCCCACACAGCAUAGCCACACGUAAUCCUGUCAAAUCCUUAAUGCAAUUAUUAUUUCUCCUGACUUGAAACUCUGUUCUGCUCACUAUGAAUUUACAAAAUAUGUCAGAUUUAAAAAUAAUAAUAAAUAUUCUAUUUCAGAAGUGGCACUGCUGCUUUAAAGAACAUAACUAUGCAAUUGUGUUGGAUGUUAAGCUUUCCGGCUGAACAUGUGCUGAUAUAGACAAGUGUACUUACAAUAUAUUUGUACUUUAUGUCGUUUAGUCUUGAAACAUCUGGUCUGUAGGUCAUUAACAGCUGGGUCAUUUCACAUUAGUCUUUAUAGAAAAGUCUAGCAUGGAGUCCCAGGAAAUUAAGCAAAUGAGUAGACAAUAAAUGUAUCCUUUAGACAGUCUCUUACCUUAUAGCACUAAUUAAAUCAUCUUUUUUUUCUGUUUUAACUAGCAGUUUAUAUUUGGAAUUUUUUGAGUUAUGAAUCCAUUGAAAAUAGUAAGCUACCAUGCAUCCAAUACUCAAACCGAAGGAUGAAUAGAAUGCUAUACUUAGUCCAGAAGACAAACUGGAAAAUAAUCUGAGCUCUGAGUUACAGCAUUAUAUUGGAUUUUAAAUGAAAAAACACACGGUUUAGAUGGCUUUUAUUUACAUGGAAGCUCUUUCUAAAAAUGUAGCCUUGCAUAAAAAAUUAUUUUGUUGUAAAAUUUAUUGUGCACACUGGAUAUACUCAAAGGCCAAGCAGAACUGUUAAUAAAUUGGGAGUUAUUCUGUGUUCUGACUUUAAGGAAAGCAAACCUUUUCUUUGUGAUAUAAAUAACGCAGCAUGAGUAGAAUAUAUAUAUAUAUUUUAUUUUUUUUAUUUCCCCCACCCCCCAAAAGUAGCAAAAUAUAUCCCUGCCAGUAGCAAUAACUAAAAGUUAUAAUUUUCAAUACAAGUGAGGAUAAAACUGAUGGCCGUUCUACUCAUGCAGAUAAACAUCAUUACAUUUUUUUGCACUACAUUAAAAAUUGUUUUGCACCUAUAGGUUGUUCAAGUAGACAUUGCCUUAAAGCAACAACUGCUAAAAACUGGUACAAGGUAGAAAUGAAAUAGAGAUUUGCAAUGAUACACUACAAAGUGAAUUUCUCGUGCUUUGGCAGCACUUGCAUGACCACGUUGGCAGCGUUAAGCUAGCAUGCUGCUUUAUGGUUUUACUAGGUCUGGUCAUCUGGAACUGGUCGCAUUCUGUAGUUUAGAUACAUCAGAGUGGUUUAAGAGUUUCAACUAUUUUUACUUUCAGACUGUUGUUUAAAUACAUUGUUUUCUGACAUUAUUGUAUAAAUACCACCUAUAUUUUUUUGUCUUGUUAAUUUUCCUGUUUGUACCUGGAAAAUGUUAAUUACUGAAGGAAGAAAAUGGGAUUUAUAUUUCAGUGUUUGCUCUCAGCUGUGACAUAAUUAAGAAAGUAGCUUGAUGCCCUUAUUUUGUAUCAGCUGUUAAAAUAAUUUAAUUUUUCUAAACCCAGAAACAAUUAUGUACAGAUAAUUAAGUAAAAUAAAAAAAUGCAGAAUCUUGGAUGUGAGUUGCCACAUACAUUUUCUAUAAUGGAGCCAGCCCCCCCCCCCCCCUUUUUUUGAGGUAAGAAUGGAAUUUUUAUAUAGCUAUAUGUAGUGGAAACCAAAAAUUUAGGAGCCAGAAUAUAUAUAUUAAAAUUGCACUGUUGGAGUAUUCAUAUAGUUUUAUUACUUGUCUGUUGGGGCGCCCUUUUUCUGUUGGAAGCAGACGUUUCAGGACAAUUACAGCAGUGUUCUGAGAUUAUACAGGUAUACCCCGCUCAUACAGCGGGUUAGAGACCGGAGCCCCGCCUUAAAGUGAAACAAAACGGUUUUAGCUUUCUUUUCAGUGUUUAAAAUCCUGAAAACAUGUUUGAACUAACAUAUAUUAGGGGUGCAAUAGUGCUAUGUUUAGUUUAACACUAGCACAGCAAGUAUUCAAUUAGUAUUCAAUAAAUACUGUACCUGUAAAAGUGACAAUUACUGUAGUAAAAUUUGCCAGACUAUAGCAUUGAGACACAGAUUGCACUGCAAUGCUAUAAACAGAGUGAACUAAGCAUAAUAAAAUGGUGCCAUUCACUUUUCUAGCAAUCUCACAAUGAUUAUAGCACUGUUUCAAAAUCCUUGGAGGCUCCACAAAGCGCUGUAUUAGCGAAUCGCUGUAAAGUGAAGCGCUGUAAAGUGAGGUAUACCUGUAUUUCCUUGUAGCUAGAAUAUAAAUAAUCCCCCUCUUAAAAGGGGAAAAAGGUGUUUGAUGUGCAAAAAUAGCUUGUCAAAUCUCUUGUAGCAACAUGCUUGAAAGCCAUUCUAUUCCCUGAUGUUUUAUUUUAUUUAUUCUUUUUUUUUUCUCCAUUACUUCCAAUAGUUUAGUUUUUCAUUGUAACAACCAAUAAUUUGAAAGUUUGUUUUAUUUUGGAAUCUCUUUCCCAAGUAAAACAAAAAAAAUAAUUCUCUUAGUUUUGUGGACUCUGAACCAUACCCCUUUUUACGAUAUUGAAUGUGCAGUCAAGCAAGCCAGGAAUCUGGGAAAACAGUGGAACAUGUUAAAUUUUUCCAGGAAUUGUUGUUUUACUGGAAAAUGUUUGUGUUGUUAAAGUUUUGUUAAAAUCUAUGAGCCAACAUUAUGGACAGUUUCUUAUUUUGAUUUUCUGAUCACCUAAGUCUCAUUAACAAACAUAUUGAUUGUAAUUGUACUCCUGACUCUGGAGCUCUACACUCCAAUAUUCUGUAGUUGGAGGUGUGACUGUAAUCCACUUCUAACUGGUGGUAGUCAAUUUAAGGAAAAGCGCUUGGAUGCUCAAUAACAGGACGAGAACAAAAAUCACAAACUGUUUCACGCAACCAAGGAUUGCAAUUGGUGAAAGAUCUUUACAGGAAAUGGCAAAUAAAAAGGUUUUAUUUUUCUCAAAAA